CUAUGCUUCCUUCCACGCCUCCAGGAAGCCCCCCAGCAUCGUCAAGAGUGUUCUUGGCCCCAACUCCAGUCCAAUUCGAGCUCUUUCGACACCGGUUGGGCUCCCUUUAAUGGCCCUGAUGGCACUCACAGGCUUGGAGAACUUGAUCUUGCAUUUCUAUCUGCAUAUUCUAUUGGAAUGUAUUUUGCAGGGCAUGUUGGUGAUAGGAUUGAUUUGAGGUUGUUUCUUGCUUAUGGGAUGUUAGGGAGUGGAGUUUUGACAUGUCUUUUCGGGUUAGGUUAUUGGUGCAAUGUGCAUAUGUUGUGGUACUUUGUGGGUGUGCAAGUUGUGUGUGGGUUGUUUCAGUCAAUAGGGUGGCCUUGUGUUGUGGCAGUUGUGGGGAAUUGGUUUGGGAAGACGAAAAGGGGGUUGAUAAUGGGUGUGUGGAGUUCACAUACUUCGGUUGGGAACAUUGUGGGAUCGGUUAUUGCUUCCGGGGUUUUGGAAUACGGAUGGGGUUGGUCGUUUGUUGUGCCUGGAGUUUUGGUGAUAUUGGUGGGAGGUUUGGUGUUUUUGUUUCUUCCUGUGAGGCCGGAGGACUUGGGGUUUGAGGUGCCGGGGAAGGAGGAGGUUGAGAUGAAUCUGGAGGUUAAUGGGGUGGUGAAUGUGGAGAAGGUGGAAUCAGAAGAAGCUGGAUUACUUAGAGGGGAAAAUGUAGAUGCUGAUGUUGGUGCUGGGGCGGAAACUUUGACUGCGAUUGGGUUUUUGGAGGCGUGGAGGUUGCCGGGGGUUGCGCCAUUUGCGUUCUGCCUCUUCUUUUCGAAGCUGGUGUCUUACACUUUCCUGUACUGGUUGCCUUUCUACAUAAGGCACACAGCUGUUGCUGGGGUGCAUCUGUCACACAAAACUGCUGGAAACCUUUCUACAAUAUUCGAUAUUGGAGGAGUCCUUGGUGGAAUUCUAGCGGGAUUGAUAUCAGAUAUGCUUGAAGCUCGGGCUGUUACAUCAAUUGCAUUUUUGUUACUUUCAGUCCCAGCCCUUGUUCUCUACAGGGCAUAUGGAAGCUUAUCUAUGUUUGCCAACAUUGUUCUGAUGUUUAUUGCCGGAUUGCUGGUGAAUGGUCCAUAUGCGCUCAUCACAACAGCUGUUGCUGCUGAUCUCGGCACUCAGACCUUAAUCAGAGGCAAUUCUCGUGCCUUGGCUACUGUAACCGCAAUCAUAGAUGGUACGGGGUCUGUUGGAGCAGCUCUUGGUCCUCUUUUGGCAGGCUACAUUUCAACAAGGGGAUGGAACAGCGUUUUCUUGAUGCUAAUUGUUGCUAUAUUUUGUGCCACUUUGUUUUUGAUACGCAUUGCUAGAACUGAGAUUAAAGAGAAGUUGAGCGGGAAAAUAUGGUUUUGGUGUAGCAUAGACACACAAUGAUUGAGAAGUAAUAGACAGAAAUUCUUGUAAGAUUACGGUACAGCAUAGACACAAUGAUUGAGAAGUAAUAGACCGAAACUUUUUGU